GCCGCGGGGAGGCGGGGGGCGGCGCCGCGGGCGGCUGAGCUUUUCCAAGUUUGCACCGGGCGACCUGGGCGGGUGUCGCCCUGGCUCCCACUGAGCCCCGGGCCCCCUUUGUGCCGCGAGUCCCGGCUGCUCGAGUAGCGGCGGUGCCUCUGCAGAAAGGGUUUGGGGGGAGGUCUCUACAGCAACGGCGGCGGCGGCUGCCAAGCGGCUGCUCUCCUUGGGGGAGGGGGGAACAGCCCCCGCCUCAAUUUCCAAAGGAUUGUUCUUUUCAUUUGCCGGUUUCGUGUGGUUAUUAUUCUUGCUGCCACCUGGGAUCGUAUCGGAGGCAGGGAUGGGCAGUGCCGCGGCUCCUAAGAGCUGAGAUAAUGAGGGGCGAAGUAAUAGUAAUAGCAACAGCACCACCAACAAUAAUAGUAAUCGCAGAAGAGGGACGCCUGGGGUUGCCACGGCCCAAGGGGAGCCCCUCGCUCAGCCGCACCGCGCCCACUGGCUGCUCCGUCCUGCCCGGGCUUCGACCGCCACCCUCGGGCGCCGUCCUGUGUCCCGGGCUCGUCCGCGUCAGUUUUAGCCAGGAGUGUUUGUCUCCUGGCCUUCUUUCGCGGUGAUGACUUUCAUCUGCAGGUGGACUUUAUAAGGAUUUGACCUUACUCAAAAUGUGCAAAGAAGAAUGAUGGAAGCCCCUGAAUACCUUGAUUUGGAUGAAAUUGACUUCAGUGAUGACAUCUCUUAUUCAGUCACGUCACUCAAGACCAUCCCGGAACUGUGCCGAAGAUGUGAUUCGCAAAACGAAGACAGAUCAGUUUCUAGCUCUAGCUGGAAUUGCGGUGUCUCAACUCUUAUUACAAACACACAGAAGCCCACGGGAAUCGCUGAUGUAUACAGUAAGUUCCGCCCAGUGAAGCGAGUGUCCCCACUGAAACAUCAGCCAGAGACUCUGGAGAACAAUGAAAGCGAUGACCAAAAGAACCAGAAGGCAGAGUACCAGAAAGGGGGUGAUUCUGACCCAGGCCCCCAACCUGAGGAGCUCAGCCCACGAGAUGGAGAGAGCAGCCCUCCAAGUAAGAGCACGGAACCCAGCCCCUUGCUGGGCGAACUGGAGCAUUAUGACCUCGACAUGGAUGAGAUUCUGGAUGUGCCUUACAUUAAAUCCAGUCAACAGCUUGCCUCUUUUACCAAGGUGACUUCAGAAAAAAGAAUUUUGGGUUUAUGCACAAGCAUCAAUGGCCUUUCUAGCAAAGCCUGCUCUACAGGAAAUGCUGAGAACUCACUGUCCAGCAUGACACCAUUUUGUGUUCUGUCUCCUGUGAAAAGCCCUCACUUGAGAAAAGCAUCCUCUGUCGUCCGUGACCAGCAGAAGCUCUCCACUGAAGAAUCCGAGAGUUCUCCUCCUCUGGUUAAAUGUGGCUCUGCAUAUGAGCCUGAAAACCAGAGUAAGGACUUCCCAAAUAAGACCUUUAGUGAUCCUCAUGGUCGGAAAGUUGACAAGGCGAUGCCAGACUGCCAGCUCAGGGCCUUCCAUCUGCAGUCCUCAGCACCAGACCCCAAACUAGAGGAGCAGAUCGGUGGCAUGAACUGGACCAGCUCCCAAGGCCCAGAAGAAAGGAGUGAGUACCUGAAAAAAGUAAAAAGCAUCUUGAACAUCGUUAAAGAAGGGCAAAUAUCUCUCCUGCCACACCUAGCUGCCGACAAUCUAGACAAAAUUCAUGAUGAAAGCGGAAACAAUCUCUUACACGUUGCCGCAGCGCAGGGCCAUGCAGAAUGUCUGCAGCACCUCACGUCUUUGAUGGGAGAAGAUUGCCUCAACGAGCGAAAUGUGGAGAAGUUGACUCCAGCGGGCCUGGCCAUCAAGAAUGGUCAAUUGGAGUGUGUACGCUGGAUGGUGAGUGAAACAGAAGCCAUUGCUGAAUUGAGUUGUUCUAAGGAUUUUCCAAGCCUUAUUCAUUACGCAGGUUGCUUCGGCCAGGAAAAGAUUCUGCUGUGGCUUCUUCAGUUCAUGCAAGAGCAGGGUAUCUCACUGGAUGAAGUGGACCAGGAGGGCAACAGCGCCGUUCAUGUGGCUUCCCAGCAUGGCUACCUCGGGUGCAUACAGACCCUGGUUGAAUAUGGAGCAAAUGUCACCAUGCAGAACCAUGCGGGGGAAAAGCCCUCCCAGAGCGCUGAGCGCCACGGACACACCCUGUGCUCCCGGUACCUGGUGGUGGUGGAGACCUGCAUGUCGCUGGCCUCCCAGGUGGUGAAGCUAACCAAGCAGCUGAAGGAACAGACAAUGCAACGUGUCACACUGCAGAACCAGCUCCAACAACUUCUAGAAGCCCAGAAAUCAGAGGGCAAAUCACUCCUUUCUUCGCCCAGUUCACCGUCCUCCCCAGCUUCCAGAAAGUCCCAAUGGAAAUCCCCAGAUGCAGAUGAUGAGCCUAUAGGCAAAAGCAAACCAGGAAUCCAAGAGGGGAUUCAAGUUCUUGGAAGCCUGUCCGCAUCCAGCCGGGCUAGGGCCAAAGCUAAAGACGAAGAUUCGGAUAAAAUCCUACGCCAGUUAUUAGGAAAAGAUAUUUCAGAGAAUGUCUGCACCCAGGAAAAGCUGUCCUUGGAAUUCCAGGAUGCUCAGGCUUCUUCUAGAAAUGCAAAAAAGACCCCACUGGAGAAGAGGGAACUGAAGUUAGCCAGGCUGAAGCAGCUGAUGCAGCGGUCGCUGAGUGAGUCCGACACAGACUCUAAUAACUCUGAGGAGCCCAAGGGCACGCCCGUGAGAAAGGCCGACAGGCCCAGACCACAGCCUGUCGUGGAAAGCGUGGAGAGUAUGGACGGCGCAGAGAGCUUACACUUGAUGAUAAAGAAGCACAGCUUGGCAUCGGGACGCAGGUUUCCUUUCAGUAUCAAGGCCUCCAAAUCUCUGGAGGGCCACAGCCCAUCCCCCACCUCAGAGAGCAGCGAGCCAGACUCGGAAUCCCAGGGGCCAGGCUCGGGAACCACUCCCCCAAGCCAGCCCUCUGGAGAACCCCCUCAGCCCAGCCCCGACAGCACAGCUGCCCAGAAAGUGGCCACGAGUCCCAAGAGCGCCCUCAAGUCCCCAUCUUCCAAGCGCCGGACGUCACAGAACCUGAAACUCAGAGUUACCUUUGAGGAACCUGUGGUGCAGAUGGAGCAAAGUAGCCUUGAACUGAACGGCGAGAAGGACCGAGAUAAGGGCAGGACCCUCCAGCGGACCUCCGCAAGCGGCGAGCCAGGGGAUCAACUGAAAAGGCCUUUUGGAACCUUCCGAUCCAUCAUGGAGACGCUAAGUGGCAACCAGAACAAUAAUAAUAACUAUCAGGCAUCCAACCAGCUGAAGACCUCCACCCUGCCCUUAACCUCACUUGGGAGGAAGACCACAGACGGUAAGGGAAAUGCCGGGAGCUCUGCUAGCAAAGGAAAGAAUAAGGCGGAGAUGUACGACAGCUGCCUCAAUCUUUCCUCUAACACGCUGAUUGAAGAGCAUCUGUGUGACUAUGCACGGCAUGAUGACAUCAACAGAAAAAUGAAGAAAUCCUGCAACAUAAAGCACAUCGCUGAGCUAGAGUCAAAAGAAUUCUUCUUAUAAAUCACUUUUUUCUUAUCUCUCAUUGCUGCCCUUUGGACACCAUUGGAAACGUCUGGACUGUCCUCUGCAGAAAUAGAAUCACGAGAACAGUGCAUCACCAGCAGAAGAAUAGACUAUCGGGAUGCCUUAAAUUUAUAGCACUAGAGUAUAUAAGACACAUUUUUGGGUGAUAUUUGUAUAUAUAACUUGUUUUUAAAGAGAUGCUGUUUAAAAGCAUGGUUGGGCAAAUGUAUGUUUUUUAAGAUUGAUUCAGCCUCCCCACAGGACAUUCACCAAGCCACUGUCACCAUUUUGUAUUUCAUCAACCGCAUGGGUGUUUGCUGAUGUUGGUUGAACUUCCCUUUCCCCAUAACAUGGGCAGUUUGGGCUCAGCUUCUCAAUGAGACCAGGUCAGUGCUAUUGUUUUCUGUUAAGAGUGUUUUUUCUGUCAUUUCUACCUUUUGUGUAAAGGAAAUAAAACAAUGUUAACAGCCACCUAUAAGCUUGGGCCACUUACCUUCUAAUAAAUCUGUGAUGUUCUAAUUUCUAAGGGGCUUUAAGAGUAUUUUGACUGCUGAUAUUUUAUUUCAGGAACAAACUGCCCAGUUGAGCUGCUUUCCCAUAGGGGUCAAAUAAAACAUUCUAGUUUUCACUAAGUACUAAAGGAUCAGACAAGUAUAUAAAGUAAGUCAGUUCCUUCUGUCUUCUCAGAUCGCAGCGUUGACAUGAGAAAAUACUAAUGACAGCUAAGGAUUUAGCCCCUUUCCUGGGUCACUUUUUUCUGCCUCUAACACAUGACGAGGCCUGUCUGAUUCCUUUAGGAGACAGUGUGGAGCCUGAGUUCAUAACAGCUCUAUUGUUGAUGCAGCUCUUUGAAUCCAUGUAAGAGUAAGUUCCAGAUGGUUUUGUCCUAUCAUGUAAAAAUAUAUUUCUGUUGCAACUUCAAGAGUUUUAUUUUCAAAGGGUUGCCAUGGCCUGUAAGAGGCCUGUCAAAUUUUAGUUUGAAAGUAGAAUGUAUUCUUAUCAGUAGGAGGGAGCAGUGUAUGCUAUUAACAGUUACUAGCAAUGUUACUGCAGUCAAACGUGGGCCAUUCUGUAUCCUGGUGGACAAAAUAGGUGAAGGUACUGAAUUAGGAGGCGAUCUUGCAUAGGUGGAUCAUUUGACAAACUUAGGCUUGAUGAAAUGCAGUGACGUAUAGAUGAAGGAGCUAAUAUUAAAGUGCCUUUUAUGUACCAGCCAUGCUUAUUUGUAGGUAUUAUUACUUCCAUUGUAUAGAUUAGAAAAUUAAACUUCAGAAAGUGUAAAUCCUGUGUCCAAGGUACUACCACUAGCAAUAGCAGAAUUGGCUUUGGUACAAGUUUGCUCGUUAUCCUCACGACACUAUCCAUCUGUCCUGCACGACACUAUCUCCUUAGUGUGUAGACUAGCACACAGGAAGGGGGGGUUGUGGUGUUGGCUCUACUCCUGGACAACUCUUUGGUCUUAGGCAAGGGACACUGCCUCUUUGAUAAAUCUGGGAAAUGGGGAGGCUGGCUUGCCUACACAUCUAGGAGGUAGGUUCCUUCCAACUUACAGAGCAACGUGUCUAUGAAUUUCGGCCACGUUGCUCUGUCCUUGUUCAGGUCCUGUGAGUUCCUGUCAUCAGAGCCUGGUGCCGUGUGAGGUUCUGCGUUUCUCACAUUGUCUUUUCCUCCAAUGAGAUGCCCUAUUCUGAUUGUGGCGCCUUGGCUUCCUGUGCCCUCUUUGAUUGCUUCCUCACAUCUCACUGCUCUGUCCUAGUGUUUGAGAUUCUAAUAGAGACUAUAUGGCAAGCAUAUGUGAAAUGUGGAUUCCUGUGUUUCUUGCUUGGUGCAGAGGAGGUUACACAGGAGUCACAUGUGAGCCAGCCUUUGGAACUUAGCCCUAGAAUGGGGUCUGCAAAGGACGGAGGCCCAGAGAGUGCUCUCUCUGUCCCCCAGAGGCCCCAGUUUUGUUCUUCGACAGGCUGUGUUUUUAAACUUGAAAGUUGAAGGGAGCUGGGCAUUCUGCAGGGAUUUUAUGAG